AUGAUGACAUCCAUAUACAUUAAAGUUUUUACCCAUUCACUCGCAAUAUCACUUUUAUUUGGAGUGAUAUUGCUUUUUUACAAUGUGGGAAAGCCUUACAAACGAGGAUUCUUCUGUAACGACCAAACGCUAUCGUAUCCGUUUCGCAAAAGUACGGUGUCUUCGGUCGUACUAUAUAGUGUAUGCAGUGUCGUUGCGUUAUGUACCAUCUUAUUUUCCGAAAUCAUGUUGAUAUUAGCUAAUCGUAAUCGAUCACAUAACCAUACUUUUAAAUUAUUUAUUGCUAGGGUAUAUGGUGGUGCUUUAACGUUCGUAAAUGGCGUGCUCAUCAGUCAUAUAAUUACCGAUACUGCCAAAUACAGCAUCGGAAGGUUACGUCCUCAUUUUUUCCAGUUAUGUCAACCAAUCGGUUACUCCGAUUAUUGUCAUCCCAAUUCGACUGCCUACAUUGAAAAUUAUGAAUGUAAGCCGACUUAUAGUGGUUCAGAUGCAUCUUAUGUAUUAAAGAACGUCCAUCUCUCCUUUAUGUCUGGUCAUUCAUCUUUUGCUGCGUUUUGUUACACUUUUGCCAAAAUUUAUUUAAUAACGACGACAUCUCACCACACUUAUUAUUUAUUACCUCUCAAAUCGGUGUUUGCAACUGCAAUCGCAUGCGGGUCCAUGUUUAUUGCAUAUUCUCGUAUUACAGAUUAUAAGCAUCACUGGGAAGAUGUUGCAGUUGGAUAUGCACAAGGAUCUCUCGUUGCAUUUCUUAUUUGGUAUUUUACAGAUUAUAUUCUAACCACAACCAUCAUCACUGAUAGCCAUACGAUUGAAAAACAGAAGAUAUAUUUUUUUAUUGAAGUAUUUUUUUGUAAUGUAUUAAACAAAAAAAAACACACGCUCGACGACGAACGCGGGAGUUGUGACACGAGCACGAGGUGCAACUCGAGAGGAGCCAACCCACCUGCUGCGGAAGACGACUGCGAUACGAGCACUUGAAAGAAUAUAUUUGUCUUUAUCUUUUUUGCGUCAUAUCUCAUCCCGAGGUGCCCUUUCGCUUCAAAGAAGCGCUUAAAACGUAUUUUUUUGUUAUCCUUUUUUUUGCGUCAUAUCUCACCCCGAGGUGCCCUUUCGCUUCGAAGAAGCACUUAAAACGUAUUUUUUUUAUCCUUUGUUUUUUGCGUCAUAUCUCACCCCGAGGUGCCCUUUCGCUUCAAAGAAGCGCUUAAAACGUAUUUUUUUUGUUAUCCUUUGUUUUUUGCGUCAUAUCUCACCCCGAGGUGCCCUUUCGCUUCAAAGAAGCGCUUAAAACGUAU